UCACUGUCUUUCAAUCUAUCGUACUUGUAUAAAUGGUAGGCAGUUCCUUAGCCAUGAUAAAAGCUGAGAGUACUUCAUUAAAUUCUCCAGCCUUCCAAUUGCUUUAAGUCUCGAAACAAAACAACAACAACAACAAAAGAGAAGAAAAAAUGGUUGGGGUGCCGUCGCCGGCAUGUUUGAGAGCCAAGAAAACCAGGGCAGUAGGGAUUCCGGUGGUUGAUCUUUCUCUUGAUAGGUCCAUCGUGUCGGAGCUGAUUGUGAAGGCUUGUGAAGAGUAUGGAAUCUUUAAGGUUAUGAACCAUGGGGUUCAUUGGGAGAUAAUAUCCAGAUUGGAAGGUGAAGGGGUUCAGUUUUUUGGCAAACCAGCUGGUGAUAAGCAACGGGCGGGUCCGGCCAACCCUUUUGGUUAUGGUGUCAAAAACAUCGGACUCAAUGGCGAUAAGGGUGAACUUGAGUAUCUUCUUCUCCACACAAAUCCUUUCUCUAUUGCUGAACGUUCCGAAUCCAUCUCCAAUCAGCCUCAAAACUUCACUCGUACUGCUAAUGAUUAUAUAGAAGCAGUGAAGGAGUUGGCGAGCGAGGUUCUUGAUCUGGUGGCGGAGGGUCUAUCGAUCCCAGAUAAGCACGUAUUCAGUAGGCAAAUCAAAGACGUCCAAAGCGACUCGAUCCUAAGGUUCAAUCAUUAUCCACCGGUCAAGAACCAGGACCCAUCUUCUAAAGCAUGCAAAGAGAAUCAAAUUGGAUUUGGUGAGCAUUCGGACCCUCAGAUCCUCACCAUAUUACGAUCCAACGAUGUUGCUGGGCUCGAAAUCUGUUUGCAGGAUGACGGGUUUUGGAUCCCAGUUCCCCCUGACCCCACUCAAUUCUACGUGAUCAUUGGGGAUGCCUUGCGGGUUUUAACAAAUGGGAGAUUUGUGAGCGUGAGGCAUAGGGCAUUGGCAAACUCAUCUCGGAAUUCAAGGAUAUCGAUGAUGUACUUUGGAGCGCCACCACUUAACGCAAUCAUAUCUCCUCUCCCGCAGUUUGUGUCACCUCAAAAUCCUAGGCUUUACAGGCCGUUUACUUGGGGCGAGUACAAGAAGGCUGCAUAUACCUCGCGCUUGGGGGAUUGCCGUCUUGACCUCUUCAAGCUUCAUAUCACCGAUGAUACAUUGGCAUUGUUUAGCUAGAAAAACUCCCUGCUUUUCCCAGGAAUUUUAACUAAGCAGGAACAUUGAAAUAUCAAUAUAUUACGCAGACCUACAAUAGGUUUAGAAUUCAAAUAUCGAUCUGUUUUUUUAUUCUUAAACUACAACCUCUGUUGUAUGGAAAAAAAUUUGUAGUAUAUAAGCACCACAUUACUCCUUGCCAACUAA